AACAAGGAAGUGUUGUCUGUAACAGAAACAGGGCCGAGUCUGUUCUUGUGUGAUUUUCUGUGGAGAGGACUCACUGACAACAUUUCACGCUCGUAUUAGACACCUAGCUGAAGGAAGAGGCGGAAAGCAUUUGUAGUUUUAGAUUAAAUUAAAGAAAAUGGGUUUAAAUCGGUCGUGUCCGUUUAGCUUAUUAAACUGUGUCCUUAUCUGCGUCACUUUGUGGGUCUACCUGAGCACCGGGGGGUCUGCGACCUCAUACAGGAGACCCAACAUUGUUUUAAUCCUUACUGAUGACCUGGACAUCGCUAUCGGGGGUCUGAGUCCACUAAAAAAGACGAAAAAACUGAUAGGUGAUGCAGGGAUUUCAUUCACAAACGCAUUUGUCGCCAGCCCUCUGUGCUGCCCCAGUCGAGCCAGCAUCCUGACGGGGAAAUACCCACACAACCACCACGUCAUCAACAACACGUUAGAGGGAAACUGCAGCAGCAGAGCGUGGCAGAAGAGCGAGGAGGCCCACACCUUCCCCGCCAUCCUGAAGAACCAUGGAUACCAGACGUUCUUUGCUGGGAAAUAUCUCAACCAGUACGGCCAUGAAGACGCUGGCGGGGUGGAGCAUGUGCCUCCAGGCUGGAGUUACUGGGUCGGACUGGAAAAGAACUCUAAAUAUUAUAACUACACUCUGUCUGUGGAUGGAAAAGCUCUAAGACAUGGAGCUGAGUACAGCAAAGACUACCUGACGGAUGUCCUGGCGAACAUGUCUCUGGACUUCCUCAGCUAUAAAUCAAACUACCAGCCGUUCUUCAUGAUGGUGUCCACGCCAGCCCCACACUCCCCGUGGACGGCGGCGCCACAGUACCAGAACAGCUACAAUGAGACGAAAGCUCCCAGAGACCCCAACUUCAACGUCCACGGGAAGGACAAACACUGGCUCAUAAGACAGGCUAAAACUCCCAUGACCAACUCCUCCAUUCAGUUCCUAGACAAUGCUUUCAGGAAUCGGUGGAGAACUCUGCUGUCAGUCGACGACCUGGUGGAGAAAAUAGUGAAGAGGCUUGAAAUCAGAGGAGAAUUAGACAACACCUACGUCUUCUUUACCUCUGACAACGGCUACCACACAGGUCAGUUCUCUCUUCCUCUGGACAAACGGCAGCUCUACGAGUUCGACAUCAGAGUUCCUCUCAUGGUCAGAGGACCAGAUAUCAAACCCAACCAGACAAGCAAGUUGCUGGUGGCGAACGUAGACCUCGGUCCGACCAUCCUGGAUAUCGCCGGCUACGAUGUCAACAAGACGCAGAUGGACGGCAUGUCCUUCCUGCCUGUCAUGGAGGGGAAGAUGAACAGCACUUGUUGGAGAACUGACAUCCUGGUGGAGUAUGAGGGAGAAGGAAGGAACGUGACAGACCCGUCCUGCCCCCUGCUGGGACCUGGAGUGUCGGAGUGUUUCCCAGACUGUGUGUGUGAGGAUUCAUUUAACAACACCUAUGCCUGCGUGCGCACCGUCGCUCCCUCUGCAGACCUGCAGUACUGCGAGUUCGACGACAAUGAGGUGUUUGUAGAGGUCUACAAUGUGACAUCAGAUCCCUUCCAGCUGAAAAACAUCGCAAAAACCAUCGACCAGGAAGUCCUGGAGAAGAUGAACCACCGGCUGAUGAUGCUGCAGUCCUGCUCCGGACAAUCGUGUCGGACCCCUGGAGUAUACGAUCCAAGUUAUAAAUUCGACCCUCGGCAGAUGUUUACGAGCCACAGCUGGCGGCUCAGCAGACUCCGGCAGAGGAUGAAAUAAGAGAAGGAGACAAGUAGAAGACAGACGGAGGAAGGAGGGCCACGCUGUUGCUCGUACUCGGCCUCUCCUGCUGUUGUUGCCUUGUUUUCGGGCCUCCUGAGCCAGUUUCUCUGCAGAUGGAUGGAGAAGGGAUCAGGUGGGGUCACAUUGUAGAAAAUAGGUGUGUUGCCAUGGAGACGGAAGGCCUCUUUGGGGUGCACCUGUGAAGCCUCCAGUUUGGACUGCUUUUUUGUGAGUUUGUGUGUAGAGAAGCCAAAUUAUUCAGGAUGGAUGAACACGCCACACCAUUUAUUCACAUCCUGUUGUUUGAUGAGAUUUAAGAGCGCCACACGGAUGCCCGCUCGCUCACUCAUAUCAUUUUUGAACAAGAAUGUGACCCAUUUAUUGUUGUUUUUACCCACGUGAGACGUGCAUAUCACUGAUCCAUAAAGAAGCCAGUUUAAAAAGAUGUUUUCAUAGUCGAGGGUGUCUGAGUUUAGUUUGCUGCAUUCAGAUGGUCCUCAGGAUAAGUUGGAAAAUGAUCAACAAAGACAGAAAUACAUCUAUAAACUUGAGCAUGUAAAGCCAUGUCAGUGAUAAAACCAAGUCAAGUUUAAUCUCUGAAGGGUAAAUUUUGACACAAUUUUGAGGAAAUAAAUAUCAUAAAGAGGAAUAAAACUUAAAAAUACAGAUCAAACAAUCAUAAUGCAUCCUGCAACGGCAAUUCAAGUUGCAAUUUCCCACACAUGUAUAAAUGACUUUUGACAUUGCACAGCUCCUUACUACAUCCUACUUUGUCUUCAACACAAUAGUGCUUUUCUGUUACAGUUUGUUGAUUAUUUGUUUAUAGAUGGACACAAUUCUCAACCUUAGCCAGGCAAAAAUCAUCAGCCAAUUUUAUGCUUUACCAUUUUCUUGAAGGGAUCAACUUUUUACUUUUAAGUGGGUUUCCAUUACUCAUCAGAAAAUUCUUUAAAUCUAAAAAAGAGUUUUCACAAAUUUAUUUUCUUAAACUUAGUAAAUUCAAACUCGCUGUUUCACUCUUGUGAGUGACACUACUGCUUUCACUGUGCAUUAACAUCCCUACCAGAUGAUGGCCCAGCAGCUAAAAACAACGUCACAUUAGUCUUUAAAACAAAAAUGAUGCAGGGGUAGGUCAGAUCUUAUGUCAGAUACUCAUUUGAGAUGCAUUUUCCAUGCAGUGUGAAUAUCUGUACUUCAGUGCUGCCCACUUGAUAUUCAGUCACCCUUGAGGGAUGUUAAAGGUCACAUAUUUUACUCCUUUAAGUCAAGUUUAUAUCGGUCUCAGAGGUCCCCAAAACAUGCCUGUGAAGUUUGUUGCUGAAAAAACACUCCAAUAUUGGAUUUUUGUAUGUCUAA